AUGUCUUUACCGCGUACUGUAUGCGCGGGCAACAGCCAGCACUGCAUCGUCGCCAUGUCGGCUCCGAUGACGCUCGUUAAUUACAGCCACGGAGCCAAUAAGCGAGUCCCCAGAGGGCAGCUUGCGUCGAUACGAACGGCGAUGCCCCGACGACCCAGCCCAACCCCACACGGGAGACGCCUCAUCAGCCAACACGACGAGCAACCAAGGUUGAGCAAUCUGCGGAGGUGGUCCCAGCCCUUUUGUUCACGAUCUUGCCAAGCUCGCUCAUCUGUGAGAGCCGCGUCCGCGGCGCCCGUGGCAUGUCUUCAAGUCGUCCACCUCGCCAGCAACACGAUAACGGCGGGUACUCCUCGCUUGUUACCUUGUCCGAAUCCCGGGUCGCUUCUCCAAGUCUGCACGGCCGACCUCUAUCGCUCCGGCUCAGCCAACCUUGUGAUGCUCCCUUGUGGCGGCUCGCUCCACUCAACCGAAGCCGGCACCCGCGCCGCACCAUCUUCCGUUCUCCACGACAUGGGUCAUGCACUGGGUAGUAGCCAAAAGGACUCGACGGGUAUGACGCAGAUCCAUACCGACUUCGUUUGCAAUGAUUUGAUCUUGGAUCAAUUGUGCGACGAGGUGCUUCGUACAUACCGUGUUCGCAUUUUACAUAUCAAAUUGCGUACGAGCGUCGUCCAGCAGGCCAAUCGCGUCGUCUCCCGUUGUUACGUUCAUGUUGAUGGACCCUAUCGCGAACGGCUCCUCUGCAACCUGCCCGAAACGCACCAGCUAGUCGUCUGCUCCCCGGCGAUCUGCAUCAGCCAAGUCGACUAUCGAACGCCUCCGGAUCCCAGCCAUGCCGGUGUGCGUCUUGCUCCUUCGAUGCGCAUUCUAGACGUCGAUCAUGCCGCCGCUGGACCCUUGAACAUCCCAAUGGAGUUUUGCGAAGCGCGACAUGCACGCACGGGGCCGGGGACAGCCCUUGCUGCGACUCCGCGGCGUGCCCCCAUAUGUCCAGACUGGAGCCCGACUGUGCUGAUGGGGCGCAUUAAGCAAGCCGGAGGCUCUUGUUCAAACACUAUGACUGCCAGGGACUGCUCCACUGCUGAAACGUCCUUUCGCGGGGUGUCUUGUCAAGUUUCUGAUGAAGUGAUCACGCCACAGUGA